GACCUGGGCUCCAUCUCCACCACUCUCCCCAAAGCCAUGGCCAAUUCCCUUCAUGAUACUAGGGCCAUUUCCUAUGCAGGUUGUGCUGCACAGGUCUUUGCAUUUGUCUUUUUGAUAUCAGCAGAGUUUUUUCUUCUCACUGUCAUGGCCUAUGACCGCUACAUUGCCAUCUGCAAGCCCCUGCACUACGGGAGCCUCCUGGGCAGCAGAGCUUGUGCCCAGAUGGCAGCAGCUGCCUGGGGCAGUGGGGUUCUCUCUGCUCUGCUGCACACUGCCAAUACAUUUUCCCUGCCCCUCUGCCAAGGCAAUACUGUGGACCAGUUCUUCUGUGAAAUCCCCCAGAUCCUCAAGCUCUCUUGCACAGACUCCUACCUCAGGGAAGCUGGGCUUCGCAUGUUCACGUCCUUUUUGGGUUUUGGAUGUUUUGUUUUCAUUGUUUUUUCCUACGUGCAGAUCUUCAUGGCAGUGCCGAGGAUGCCCUCUGAGCAGGGCCGGCACAAAGCCUUUUCCACGUGCCUCCCUCACCUGGCUGUGGUCUCACUCUUUUUCAGCACUGUCAUAUUUGCCUACCUGAAGCCCCACUCCAUCUCCUCCCCAAACCUGAACCUGGCGGCGGCAGAUCUGUACUCCAGGGUGCCUCCAGUAGCGAACCCCUUCAUCUACAGCAUGAGGAACCAGGAGCUCAAGGAUUCGAUACAGAAAAUGUUGAUUGGGUUUUUAUCUGUGGCCACAGACUGUCUACCUUCUUCUGCAAAUGACUCCCACUAUCCCCAAGAGGCCUGCAGACCCUCCAUGCCAUCCCUGACAGCACUUGACAUCCAUGACAUCACUUUCCUAAUGGCAGAGAUGGUAUCUCCUUGA